AUGGGAUCAAUCGCUGUAGAAACGCAAUGCACGAAGCUAUCAUUUCCUGCCGAUGCAAACUCACUGGAGUAUGCGCAGUCACUCGAUGCAAAGGACCAUAUGCGACUAUUCAGAGAGAAAUUCGUAAUUCCAUCGAAGGCAAACAUCAAAGCGAAGAAGCUGAGCAAGCCAGAUCAUUCUGAGCCAUGCAUUUAUUUCUGCGGGAAUUCUCUAGGUCUCCAGCCUCGUGCAACUGCAGAAUAUGUCCAAACUCAUUUAGACACGUGGGCCACGAUUGGUGUUCACGGUCACUUCAGACAACUCGAAGACUCACCCAUGAUCCAAUGGCAACUUUUGGCUGAACAUGCAUCAAAGCAAGCAGCUCCAAUCGUGGGUGCUUCACCUUUCGAAGUAGGGACAAUGGGCAGUCUCACUACAAACUUACAUCUGCUGAUGGCAAGUUUCUACACUCCAACUGCAGAGAAGAAGAAGAUCAUCAUGGACUGGAAAUCUUUCCCAAGCGAUCACUUCACAAUUGAGUCUCAGAUUCGAGGUCAUGGUUUUGACCCGAAAGAAGCAAUGGUGAUGAUUGGUCCAGACGAGGGAGAAUAUGAAAUCUCAACCGAGAAAAUCCUGUCAAUCAUCGACGAGCACUCAUCCACAACCGCUUUGGUUCUCCUUCCUGGAAUUCAAUAUUACACAGGACAAUUCUUCGACAUGAAAACGAUCACAGCAUAUGCUCAAUCGAGAGGCCUGCUUGUGGGAUGGGAUCUUGCCCAUGCUGCUGGUAAUGUUCCUCUCGAGUUGCAUGAUUGGAAUGUGGACUUUGCUGUUUGGUGCACGUACAAGUACAUGAACGCUGGACCUGGAGCGAUUGCUGGGUUCUAUGUGCACGAGAGACACGGGAAGGUUGAGUAUGAUGGUGAUGAGCCAAUAUUUCGACACCGAUUAUCUGGAUGGUACGGCGGCGAUCAAGUGGGGAGAAUGAACAUGGACAAUAACUUCCGACCAAGUCCUGGAGCAAGUGGAUAUCAAGUCUCAAACCCAUCAGCAAUUGAUUUAGCUUCCUUGUGCGGAGCCCUCUCUGUCCUGAAUCAAACAUCGAUGGCCGAUAUCAGGAAGAAGUCUGUUAAACUGACAGCGUAUCUUGAACACCUGCUCUUGACGACCAGCCCUUCAGAUCGAGCCUUCCGAAUCAUUACUCCUUCGAAUCCUGAUGCUAGAGGAACUCAACUAAGUGUCCUUCUGAGGCCGGGUAGAAUCGAUACUCUAUUUGAAAUGUUGGAAGAUGCAGGGAUUGUGGCAGAUAAGAGAAGGCCGGAUGUGAUCAGAGUGGCUCCUGUGCCUCUUUAUAACACAUAUGAGGAGGUUUGGAAGUUUGUCCAGAUCUUCAAUGCUGCGUUGGAAAAGUGUGCAUAA